AUGAAUAGAAAAAAGCUGAAUAAUGAUCUGAGGCAAAAACUGAGUAAAAUUGUCAUAAGUGAACUACUGAAGUCAAAUGGAGAGAAAAUAUCAGAUAUGAAAGCUGACAAAUUCAAUGCAGCAGCUGAUGAAAUAGUUUUCUUGUUUCCUGGAGAGAUGAAAGAGACAUACUUUAUGCCCUAUUCAUCUCCCAAAACAGGAUUGAGGAGACCCGCUAGAGGGAAACUUUGGUCUCGCUAUGUUAAUGUGAAGGCUGCCCUAAGAAUUGCCAACCAAAAUAUAAUGGAAUCACCUGGAUCUGAAUCUUGUUCAGAAUCAGUUCAAGCAAUAAGUGAGGACAUUGAAAGUGAAAUUCUUUUUUUGAGAUCUGCAACUGAACCUUAUCCAAGGGUAUUGAGUGCAUGGGAAAGUACCUUCAAUGUUCGUAAACUAAGGUAUAAGGAUUGUGGAAUCCAGCAGGUCCUGGACGCAUUUCCCUGCCUUAAAAUGAGCUAUGGUGCUGAAUUGCUGGAAUCUGAUUAUAAUCAGAUGUUCACAGAUAAAAUCGAUGUUGUGUAUAGCGAGUGGCCUAAGAUAUCAGAGGCAAUUUUAAAAGAAGUUGAUGAACGAAAAAUUCACCCCAACUUUGAAACAGAUUUAGAUAAUUCAACGAGAGCUUUAUUGCUCCUUCCCUAUUUAUUCACCCCAGUAACACUGAAGAGCAAUUCGAAAAACAAAUCCAACUGGAGACCCACUAGGUGUGAAAUUCAGGAGAGCUUCAUUUUCAGAGUCAAGAAUUUGGAUGACGUUGCUGAAAUUGUCGAUAGGAGAAAGGCUAAGUUAGACAAUUUCAAUUUACCACUUCAACCUUUUGCAGUCAUAGCUGGUGAGACCAAUGAUAUCAGCUGCCACAUAGUUUUCAAUGAAAACAAGUACAAAUGUAUAUCCAGUAUAAGGUGUCUGGAACUUUUAUUCAAAAUAUUUCAUGCCCUGAACUUAGAAUACCCAUACUUAGCAUUCGCACAGCAGCUCAUGGAGGUGGCCAUGAUGGGGGGGUCUGAACCAGAGCCGGCAGUACAACCAGAGCCUACAGUACAACCAUUGCCUUUGAUGCAGUUACCUACUGACCCUGGCAGUGCAGCCAGCAGCAGCUACUGCUCUGGAGAAGUGAGUGGGGAGGCUACAACUUGCUUCAAGUGGUCCAAUGAAGCCAUUCUUCUCCUUGUGUAUACCUACAAGUCUUACGAAGCAGACUUCACAAGUGGGAAAGUCUCCCAGAAGAUGACCUGGGAGAAAAUCUCCAAGGUGAUGGAGGAAAACAAUCAUAUUGUGUCUGGUCCUCAAUGUUUAUCGAAAUUCAAUUGCAUGAAAAUGACUUUCAGGCUAUCAGUGAUCAUAACUCAAAGUCUGGGAACAAUCCAAGAUCCUAGCCAUACUGUGAGCUUAUGCAAUCACUGAUAGGUGAGCGUCCUUUCAUGCAACAGGUUGCAUUAGCCUCAUCAUCCUGCUUCAAUAGCAGGCUGAGGACAACCAGUGAAUCUAGUCAAGCAAGCACAGAUUCCCAGAAAUCAUUGCCUCCCUCCACACCAAAGAAGCGCAAGUCCAGCGACGGGCUGUCCGAAUUAUCAGCAGCAAUUCUAGAAAGCCGCAAAAUCAUCGAAGAAAACAAGAACAAAAGGCAUGCUGAAAAAAUUCAGAUAAAUGAUAUGUUGCUGAUCGAUGAUCUUAUUAAUAAAUUGUAGUGGAAUUUUGAAUUAAGCUU